AUGUUACUUACCUGGGAGUCAGUAACCUUUUUCUUUUUAAGUAUUGCAGGCGAUACCCCUCCUGAAAGCUGUAUUUUUAGCCAAGUACUGAAUAUAACAGCAUUUCUAGUGAUUGCUGUUGCUGUCCUCCGUUAUGCACAGCUUAAAGCAAAAGUGAAGAAGCCAUGGCUCAAUAUCUUUGGGCUGAUAGCACCUUCUCUAUCAUCUUUUGGAAUGACACUAGUAGCCAAUUUUCAGCUGUCUAAUGAUAGAAUAAUACAUAAUAUGGGUGCAGUGAUCACCAUUGCCUGUGGAACUGCAAGCUGCUGGAUCCAUGCUGUUCUGACUUUCCAAGGAAAUAUAAAUAAUGAAGGGCGAAAACUUGGAAUCUUCCGUGUUAUCCUCUCGGUGAUAAUCACCUUGGGUUUCAUCACAUACUUUUUUCUGCUAGCUCAACAGACCUAUUUGCCUGGAGCAAGGGUUCAAUGGACUUCAAUCACAUGUUUACUCUUGUAUGUAGUGACAUUUGCAAUGGACUUUCGACAUUAUGAUUUUGAGGUCCAUGGCACAGAGAAGCAAGCAAACCCAACGGGAAAUGUCUCCAACAUCAUCUCUGAGUACCGUUCAGAGCACUUGUAG